AUGAGGCAGUUAACUGUGUUAACAUCCCAGGGGUCGGACAUCAAGCAUCUCUCCAGUCAGGAAGAGGAGGCAGUAACUAUAGCGGACGCUGAUAACCAACCAAGAUCAUCAACCUGCAAAGAACGGCGCCAUUUCGCUUUUCUGAAGGUUCCCAAAGCCGGAAGUUCAACUGUUCAAAAUAUUUUCUAUCGCUUUGGCUUCAACCGCAACUUAACUUUUCUUCUGCCAAGAUUUGCCAACUUUAUCAGUUAUUUUCCGGUGAUAGAAAAGGAUAAUAUUAUUCCUCCACCGAAAGGAAAGCGCUACGAGGCGAUGUGCAAUCACGUGGUGUAUAACAGGACUGCGUUUAGACUGUCACUUCCAGUCGACUCUGUUUUCGUCAGUAUUCUUCGUAACCCGACAACGCAUUUGUCAAGUUAUCUGAAUUAUUUCCACGGACAUGUUUUUCACGGCUCGAAGGCUCUGGAGGAAUACUUGGUCAACCCGGAUCUUUAUAGCAGUUGGAAAGGGCCCCGUAAAAUCGUUCCAAAUAUAAUGGCGAAUUACUUCGGGUUACCGGAACGUCACCAAAGGGAGGCCACUCGUCACAUAGUCUCUGAUUAUCUCAUGCAGAUCGAAACCGACUUCGAUUUCAUCAUAAUCCUAGAGAGAUUAGACGAAUCGCUUCUCCUGAUGAAGAGGAAAUUUUGCUGGAAGCUAAAAGAUAUAGUGUACGAGAAAAAACAGGCGACGGCAUUACAGAAACAACGGCAACUUCCGGACAUUACAGUAUUACGGCAGUUUCGGUUGGUGGCUCAAGUAGACUUUGCGCUAUACGAACAUUUUUUGUCCGAGCUUUCCAACGCCGUUCUCAAAGAAGAAAGAGACACGGGGGACUUUAAUGAUGAACUCAGUUAUUUUCGUACCAUUCGGGAUGUUAUUAAAAGAUUCUGUAAAUCGGCCACCCCGAAGAUAGACAAUGGCACUCUACGAAUUAACGCCUCUAAAUGGAACGAUAGUUUCGAAUGGACGACGUUAGAUUGUCGUCUGCUUCAAAUGGAAGAGCUAGAACUUCUUAAGUUCAUAGGCCAACAACAAUAUGGCGUGAAAGAAUGGCAAACGUUACAUACGAGUAAAUCCAAACUGGUCUAA